CAGCAAGUUCUCGAACACACGGAGGAAAAACGCAGGAGCACCGCGAGAGAGCGAGCAGCUGGAGGAGGCUUCUAGAAACAACGUGCACCGGGACCGACCGACUGACCGACCGGGAGAGAACCGACUACCCGCUCUCCUGCGCGACGAGACGGAUAAAAAAUGGCGAAGUGGGGUGAAGGAGACCCGCGAUGGAUCGUGGAGGAGCGAGCCGACGCGACCAACGUCAACAACUGGCACUGGACGGAGCGGGACGCCACUACCUGGUCGUCGGACAAGUUGAAGUGGCUGCUGCUGGGUCUGAGCGUGGAGGGGGGGGAGGGGCGCUGCGAGGUGACGGAGGUCAGCAAGGUGGAGGGAGAGGCCUCCAUCAACAACCGCAAGGGGAAGCUCAUCUUCUUCUAUGAGUGGAGCCUGAAGGCCACAUGGACCGGAGAAACCAAAGCAGGAGUCAAGACCACAGGAACCAUCGACGUUCCCAACCUGUCUGACGAGAACGACAUGGAGGACCUGGACAUCUCCAUCUCGUUGAAUAAAGACGAGCCUGAGACGCCGCUGACCGACCUGAUGAAGAAACUCGGGGUGGAGAAGAUCCGGGAGGUUCUGGGCAGCUACGUUGGGUUCCUGAAGACAGAGUUCACUCAGGGGAUGAUCCUCCCCACGGCCAACGGCCUCACGGGCUCCUCGCAGUCCAGAGCCACGCUGGACAAGACCCGGAUCUCCUCCUCCUCCUCCACCUCCUCCUCCACCUCCUCCUCUGCUCCCGUCAACACUGGAGUGAAGAUCCCAACCUGCAAGUUCAGCAUGAGGGAAAAGUUCCUCACGUCCCCAGCUGACCUCUACCGGGUGUUCCUGAACCAGGAGAUGACUCAGGCCUUCACUCGCGCUCCGGCCACCGUGAACGGAGAGAAAGGAGGAAAGUUCCGUCUACUGGAAGGAAAUGUGUUCGGAGAAUUCACCGAGCUGGUUCCUGAUAAGAAGAUAGUGAUGAAGUGGCGGUAUAAGAACUGGCCCUGUGAGCACUACUCCACCAUCAGCAUGUCGUUCUGGGACCGCAGCAGCGAGACGGAGUUGAAGGUGGAGUGCUGCGAUGUCCCGGAGGAGGAGGAGGAGCGCACCAGGGAGGGCUGGAGGAGAUACUACUUUGAGGCUAUCAGACAGACUUUUGGCUACGGGGCGCGACUCUACUGAGGCUCCGCCUCCUCUUCAUCCUACUCUUCAUCUUCUUUUGGAUAAUUUUUAGCCUCCUGUCCAUAACAGCUGGACUGAGACGUCUAUGUUUUAACGCUCAGCGUGUCGGUUCUCCAACGUCAGUAUUGAGGAGCCGUCUGGACUCUGAAAUAAACAAGGAUGGAUCCCUUGAACCUCUCAUCUACUUGGGCCCACGUCUAUACAUAUGUAAUUACUGCAGGAGUUAGAAACCCCCCCCCCCCCCCCCUCUGAUAUUAUUGUGUUUUUCUUAUGAAGUAUAGUGAGAUGCAUGUUUCAUAUCUUCUUUUCUUGGUUACAUGGAACUCGCUCUAAAACUAAAGAGUCACGCAGAUCUAUUUAUUGAUGAUUCCACCUCGCUGUUAGUUGAUGGGAAUAAACGGAUCACUGGAU